AUGCUCUUAGACAAGGGAGCAGACGUCAAUGCACAGGGCGGCAAAUAUAGCAACGCUCUAAUUGUCGCCGCAGAGCCAGGCCAUUGCGAGAUUACAAAGGGGCGGAUGUCAAUGCACGGGGCGGAUGUCAAUGCACAGGGCGGCUUGUAUUGCAAUGCUCUCCAGGCCGCCUCCGCAGAAGGCCAUGAUGAGAUUAUCAAACUGCUCUUGGACCGGGGUGCGGACGUCAACGCGCAGGGCGGCCUCUACAGUAAUGCCCUGUGUGCCGCCUAUAGGAGAGGCGAUCGUGAGAUUGUCAAACUUCUCCGAGGAAGGGGCGCUGCUAUACCGUCUUCUAAGCGGUCCAACUUUAGGACUCUAAACAACCAGGCGAAAAACCCUCGUUUCGUAGACUCUGGACCUUUUGGUUAA